AUGUCAGCAGUCUUUGGAUCCUUUCUCAUCAAGUUCAAACCCGUCCUUGUUGAACAUGCCGAAUCCCCUCCGGCCUCUUUCUCCUCCGUGACCGACCACAUCAAGUCCAUCCCAGGCGUUGAGUCUGUCUAUCUCGGCCGUCCUCUGGAGAAGCCUGAUUACUGGUUCCUGGGCAUUCGCUGGACCUCGCGUUCUGCUUACGACGCCUUCGUCUCCGGCCCUGCAGCCACCGACUGGCAUGCUUCUUUACGUGCUCUUGUGACUGGCCAUCCCAUCGUCAGCCCAACUGCAGAGUACACAGGCCAUGUUGAAUCUGCUCUGCAUGCACCCAUCACUGAAAUCUGUACAUGCUGGGACAUUGAUCACACCUUUACAGAGGACAACAUGAAGCCAUUCGCUGUGGCUUGCAGUGAGGGUAAAUUGGCAGGUCUUCAUGGGUUGGCAUACGGUGAAUUUGUUCAGGGAGAACAUGAGGACUCUUCGGUCAUCCCUGGCCGUGCAUCAAGGUUAUUGAUGGGCUGGGACAGCAAAGAAGCCCAUUUACAGCAGAAGAACAGCGGAAGUGCGAUCGAUGACAAUAUUUACUACCUACUUGCCAGGAAUAAGGGCCUCGAGAUGUACCAUGUGCCACUCAAGAAGCUCUGA